CAAGCAGGAAAGUGCAGUCUGCCCGAGACUCGGCCUCUCUUCUCCUUCAUAGUUAGGAUGGUUGAGCUGCCUGUUGGGAAACUUACUGCUGCUCUCGGUGGAAACUGAAUCGGUGUGCGGCUCCUCGGCUGAACAGGUAUCAGUCAAGAUGGAAGUAAAGAAAAAGACCUUCUUUGAGAACUUGCGUCUGAAAACCAAGUUGCCCAACCUGAAGAAGCCUGGUAAGAAGGCACUUGCCAAGAAGGGGAAGAAACUGGCCUAUCGGCGCAGCAUUUCUGUCCCGGACCUGAGGAUAGUGCCUGGCGAAGUACCUUCUACAGAGAGCGCCUUCGUGUCCAAUGGCUCCGAUAACAACAUCUUUGGCAUCUCUCCCAGAUGGAGUGACACCGAUUCUGUUGCGAGUGGCUCUGUCACCGAUGGACCGAUUUUCACAGACAAACUGAACAUUUCACUUCCAGAAAUCACGCCCAGGAUUCGCAGGGAUCGCAGAGCUGCUGCUCUGAAUAGAAUAAGUGCACCGGCGCAGAUACUGGCCCUUAAUGAGAAAACUGAUGACUCUGUGAAUUCAGGCUCAGAGAACAAGGUGAUGUUCACUCAAGAACCCCUGUAUGCACAAGUGAAUAAAGGAUCCAAGGGGAGAGUACAAAACUUUACUUUUGACCCUGUUCCUGCACCAAGAUCAAUUUUUACCAACACGCAAACCUCUUCACCAAGACCAGAACGUGUGGAGAGAGAGCGUCUCUCUGGUGAAGACGCUGCGGCAGAGACAAUAUUUUCAGGUAGACUUGCCGCAGCACUGGCCAGGGCACAGUCACUGGGAGAACAGGCCAGCCCACAGAUAGAAAAGAGGAGCUCUUCAUUUGAACACAGGAAGCCGCCAUCUGAAAACAAGACUCCGCCGGUGAUCAAAAGAGCUGCUCCUCCGGAGAGCAUGUUUCUGACUUUAGAUUCUCUUCUGGAGAGUGCAGAUGGCACCUCCCUGGACUCUGCCUGUGGCACUCCCAAUGAGGAGCGAGUCGGCAUGCCCUGGGCGACAGACUCGGAGGAACUGGACCGCGAACCCGGCUCUCCCGUUCUGAUGAGGGACUUCUACACGGAGGAGGCUCUGCUCGAGGAAGACCAGCGUGAGGAGGCCCAGGAAGAAAUGGAAGAGAUGUCCAGCGAACCGUGUGACCUCUUUGAAGAAAAUGCUCAAUAUCUUUCGGAAAACUCUGCAAUCACGGGAGUGCCUGACGCCCAGGAGCGUGUCCUGUUCCAGAGAUACCUCCUGAACAUUAACUUAAAGCAGGGAAGGAACCUGGCCAUCAGAAACAAGCGCUCAGGUACUAGUGAUCCUUAUGUGAAGUUCAAACUGGAAGGAAAACAGUUCUACAAAAGCAAAGUGGUUUAUAAAAACCUGAACCCACGGUGGAAUGAGUCCUUUUCUCAUCCUCUGCGAGAUCGAGAGCAUGACGUGGAAGUUCGAGUCUAUGAUAAGAAUCGCACCGCAGACGAGUUCAUGGGUUGCGGCGCUAUUUCCCUGAAAAAUCUUCACUUGUACAAAACCUAUGAAAUGGAGUUGCGUCUCGAUGACCCAAAAAGUAAAGAGGACGACAUGGGAGUGAUUGUUGUUGAUGUCUGCUUAAUGUUUAGAGAUGCCACCAUCAAAAGAAGCCCGAGAUGGCCAGUAAAAAAGAAUAAGGCUGCACCAUCCCAGCGGCCUGCGGAAACGCCGAGGAAUCCGCAGAGGAACCAGAAGUGGAGCGGGGUGCUCGGUAUCACCUUGGUGGAGGGACAGGACCUGCCGCAGGACGGCCAUGGGGAUAUUUAUGUCCGCUUUCGCCUCUGUGAUCAGAAGUACAAGAGCAAGAACCUUUGCAUUCAGGCCAAUCCCCAGUGGAGAGAGCAGUUUGACUUCAAUCAGUUUGAAGAUAACCAGGAACCUCUGCAGGUGGAGGUGUACUCAAAGAGAGGGAGGAAGGGUGAGGAAUCGUGGGGGAUGUUUGAGGUUGACCUAUCGACACUUUCAUUUAAUGAGAGGCACCUCUACACUCAUGUGCUGAACCCAGGAAAGGGCAGGCUGGUGUUUCUGGCCACCCUGAGACAAUGCUGGGGCGUCUCCAUCUCUGACAUGGAAAUUGCUCCUUUGGAAAAGCCUGAUGAGAAAGACACAAUUGUGGAGAGAUUUAGCUUAAAGAACUCACACAAAUGUGGGGGGGAAGUUGGCUUUCUUCAGGUCAAGGUUAUAAAGGCAAAUGAUCUUCCUCCGACCGACCUUAAUGGAAAAAGCAACUCCUUUUGUGUUAUUGAGCUUGGUAACAGCAAACUUCAAACUCACACAGUCUACAAGUCUGUCAAUCCUGAGUGGAACAAAGCCUUUACAUUCCCAAUCAAGGACAUUCAUGAUGUCAUUGAGUUUACUGUCUUUGAUGAAAAUGGAGAGAAAAACCCAACCUUUUUGGGGAAAGUGGCCAUUCCUUUACUGCGUGUUCAGAAAGGGCAGCAGAUGUGUCUAUUCUUGAAGAAGGAAGACUUGGGAAGUGCAUCCAAAGGAACCAUCACACUGGUGCUGGAGGUUAUCUAUAAUCAAGUCAGGGCUGGCAUCAGAACCUUCCAACCAAAGGAGACAAAAUUAAUGGAGGAAAACCUGAAGUUCUCCAAAAAGGUUCUUGCCCGGAAUAUAUGUCGGGUUCGGAAAAUCAGCACAGCAGUUCUGUACACGUUACAGUACAUUAAAAGCUGUUUUCAAUGGGAGAGCACACAACGCAGUCUAAUAGCCUUUCUGAUCUUCCUUGUGACGGUGUGGCACUGGGAGCUCUUCAUGCUGCCCCUCUUCCUGCUCCUGCUCACCGGCUGGAACUACUUCCAGCUCUCUGUGGGGAAGGCCAACUCCAACCAGGACCUGGUGAACAUGAGCAUGGGUGACGAAGAAGAGGAAGACGAGAAGGAAACUGGAAAAAAGGGUUUGAUGGAUAAGAUACACAUGGUGCAGGAAGUGGUCCUGGUCGUCCAGAAUGUUUUGGAAGAGAUUGCAAACAUCGGAGAGCGAGUCAAGAACAUAUUCAACUGGUCUGUUCCCUUCCUGUCCUUCAUGGCCUGCUUGGUGCUGUUCGUGUCAACAGCACUAUUAUAUUAUAUCCCGCUGCGGUACAUUGUGCUGAUAUGGGAUGCACAGAGAUCAGACAGCUGCAGAGGUUCGCUUUGCUCUGCUCAGUGUGGGCUGACGUGGCAGAGCCCAGCAGAGGCGAGGCCUAGGGUUUGUGUGAAAAAACAAAGCAGAGGCGUUAACAAAUUUACCAAGAAGCUGCGCAACCCAUAUACUAUUGACAAUAAUGAAAUACUGGAUUUCCUCAAGAGGGUGCCUUCUGAUGUUCAAAAGGUGCAGUACAGCGCGCUGAGAGCGCCCACCAGCCAGAGCCAGCCCCGGAGGAAAAGGUAGGCUCCGCGGACACACUGGAUGAAAGGCUGCUCUCCUUUUUGAAUGUGGUGCGACGCGGUCUACCUGACAACAAUGCCCCAGUGCGAGCAGAGCCCCUGACCCCGUGCACCCCACCAUACCACCCUAACUCUGCCCCCUGCUGCUGAGGGGCAGACUGCCGCACUCUGGCUUGUGUGUUUGCCACUCCCCUGACAGGGGCUGUGAACUGCAGCAGCGAGGAGGGAGGCACAUGGCGCUGUCAAUCACAAGCCUGGAGGUAAAAGAAAGGAGCGCGGCGAGGCUCAGCCUUCAUCUUUGGAUAUAAUUUAGAAAAGGAAUGAAAAGCGUCAGGGCUUGGUUUACCUUAAAUUUCCACUGUUUUGGCUUCUUUCUUCUUCUUUCUUUACUUUGGUUAAACAGAAAAUUUGCCUUAAGGUGAAGUUAAUAGAAGCUUAUGAGGUUAUGGACAAUAAACCAUGGCAAUGUAUUUUUAUCCAUGUUAAUGUUAUAAAGGUGAAACAAUUCGUACAAUAAUCAGGGAGAAUGAAUAUGUGUUGGUGCAUAUUUAGGACCGUACUGAAUUCUAUUAUCCUUGUUCUGUUUUGAUUGACUGAUUUCAGCAUAUAUAUAUAUAUAUACACGUGUGUCUGUGCACUGUAUUAUCUGUAUUUAUUUUUUUAACUAAAGUUUGUCAUGUCAAACUGAUUCAUUUGACGGUUUAUUUUUACUUGAUAUCAUGUCUGCGUAAUCAAAUGGAGAAUUUGCAAGAAUCCUAAAAUAAAGAAUCUUGAUCACUGUCUGUGA